CCCGGUCGCAGCGCCCGGGGCGGCUCCUCAGCGAGCCCGGGACCUCCGCGCUCCCGCCGCCGCCACCAGCACCGCCGCCGCGCGCGCUGGCGUGACUCCCGGCCCGCGCCCUCCCACGUCCGCAGCCGGCUCGGCUUCCUGCCCGCCCAGACGCCGCUUCUCCCGGGCUCCCGGCCUCGGCUCCGCGGAGGGAGCGGAAAUGAGUGCGGCGUCGGCGUCGGCGCCCGAGCGGGGUUGGAAGAGCGAGAAAGUGGACGAGGCUCAGGCCCUGGCGCGGAGUUGCGCUGCCCGCAGACCCGACUUCCAGCCGUGCGACGGUCUUUCCAUCUGUGCCACGCACAGCCAUGGCAAGUGCUUCAAGCUGCACUGGUGCUGUCACCUAGGAUGGUGUCACUGUAAAUAUGUGUAUCAGCCUAUGACCCCUGUGGAGCAGCUUCCAAGUACUGAGAUUCCUGCAAAGCCUCGAGAACCCACAAACACCAUUCAGAUCUCAGUGUCACUCACUGAACACUUUUUGAAAUUUGCAUCUGUCUUCCAGCCACCCCUCCCCCCUGACUCACCAAGGUACUGUAUGAUCUCAGACCUCUUUAUCGACAACUAUCAGGUUAAAUGUAUUAAUGGGAAGAUGUGUUAUGUGCAGAAGCAGCCAGCGCCGCAUUCCCACAAAAUGAGCCCUGAGGAGGUCUCUGCACACGAUGCCUUAAUUUCAAGAGAGAGCAAUACACCAAAAAUAGAUCACUGCUCUUCUCCCUCGAGUUCUGAGGACUCCGGGAUCAAUGCGAUCGGGGCUCACUAUGUGGAAUCGUGUGAUGAGGACACGGAAGAAGGAGCAGAACUGAGUUCAGAGGAAGAUUACAGUCCAGAGAGCAGCUGGGAGCCGGAUGAGUGCACCCUUCUCUCCCCCUCGCAGUCUGAUCUGGAAGUGAUUGAGACAAUAGAAACCACCGUGUGAGAAGUCAAAGCAGGAAGCCAUGGCCUCUGAUCCAUGCUGAGCUUUUGUACUUUUGUCUGAUGGAUCCUUUUUCCAAUGCAGUUGGUAUUUUCUACCCCUCUCUAACAACCAUCUGCUGAUUAGCAUCACUCUUACAUUAGUCUUAUAACUGAGACAUUCUUUUUCUUAUAAAUGGUUUUCUUUUGUAUCUCGACUUAUUUUCUAUGUAGCAUCUGGUGUCAUGAAUUGUGACCCAGCCUUAAUUUCACGGGGAACUUUGAAAGCAAUGACAUGAUGAUGGCAGAGUAUCAUGGAUCAGGUUGAGGAGCUACCCGGAGUGAAGAGUGAAGGAGGCAGUGAAGGAGCCAGUUCUACACACACACACACACACACACACACACACACACACCCCUCUAGGCCUUCCUCUUGAGUGCUGACAGGGAUCCUUCCCCUGCUAGGGUCAUACGGGAAUCAGCUCAUGAGAGGGGAACAGAGCGGGCACCAGUAGGUGCCAUUCUGUCCCUUUUCCCUUCUUCCCACCACCUGCAUGGGUCUGGGCCACUGUUGCCUCGGCUUACUUUUGGAGGUUCCCGAAGACCCCGUUCAACGCCUAGUUAUGGCCAGUGGUCGCAUACUGUGCAUGAUCUGGGGUGGAGCUUGACCUUCACUGAAGAAGAGCUGACAGCUGAAGUUUCAUGUUCAGUCCAGCUUUAGCUGAGUGCCUCCGCUCUGCAGGGUGCAGCAUGGGCAUGCAGACUGAAUGAGCCCUGACUCCUGACAGCAGGGGGUCCACGGUCCAACAGAGGACUGGGCCAACAAUGCAGGUCACGGGAUCCAGAGUGCUCUGGGAACCCAGGGCAAGGAGAGAGAGAUUAGGCUUGCAGCUGGAGAAUGUGUUGCAGCAUUCAAGCUAGCCUCUUGGGUGGGUUCCUCAGCAUUUCCCUGUUUUCUUAAUUGUUCUUCAAAUCUGGGGAAAACUUUUAGGAAGUUAUAUAGAUAUUAUAUUUAGGAGGCAGCCACAUCUGACGUCUUAAGAAAAAAAAUCAAUAAUAGUUUUAGUUAGCAUGGAAAUGCUAAAGACAGCAGUCCUUUAGGGAUUAGGAAUGAAUCUAAUAGGUUUGAUUAAUUCUGCUUCGUUUGGUUGUAUGAAGCAUUAGAAUGGCUUAGGUGAGAAAAUGGAAUAGAAUUCAGUAUGAUGCAUGGAUUUUUUAAUGCAAAUGCAAAAGCAGUUGAAAUAGUGUGCUGCUAAGUCAGGAGAAAAUAUUUUGUGUAAUAUUCACUUUACUACAGUAAUAGUCAUAGUCUGUUGUACAUGUUCUCUUUUCUCUCACAAAAUAGUGAAUAACACUUUCUUAUUUAGCUCUCUUCAGAAUUCUUCUAAUUUGCAUUUAUAUAAGGUGUUUUUGUGUGAGUUGCUUAUCUGCCAUUUCUCCAAAUCUGCCUUCUGUGAGGCGUAGUUAAGAAUCCAGGAAGUUUAAAAUAUGGCCCUAAUGAAACUAGAACUAUCAAAGGUGGGGAUAGAGAAAUAUUUCUUAUAUCUUAACCAUGAGCGUGCUCUUGUGGCAUUAUCUCAUGCUCUGUCCUCAUUUUUGCACAUUUCUUCUUUGUCACGUUAGUUUGUAUUUUAAGAAAUAAGAAGAGGCCCGUUGUGUUCUUGCCUGAAGCCUCCAUUUGGCAUCCUUCACAAAUCAUUGUAGGCAGAGUCUGCUUUCUUAGUUGUAUCUGUAGUUCUAAAGUGAUUUCUAAGCACUCCGUUAGGUUUAGGUGCCCAAAACAUCCCUAGGGUUUAGAAAGCAGAGGAUGCAUAUUCCUUUGAAAACAGUGUUAGUUAAAACUUCCUAUGCUAGAUGAGAAUGCAGCAUAAAGUUCCUGCUACCAAAACUUAAAAGAGUCAACUAGUCUAACCAGGAAGGUGGUGAGAGGGGCUCCAGAACAGCAGGGUACAGGAAAGGGCAGGUGGAGGCAGGGGUGGGGAGAGGGGCUUCCCUGGCCCAGAUGGCUGGGAGACAGACAUCUGAUGGGCCUGCCCGAGUCCUCAGUGCCUCCCAUGGUGGAGUAGCCAGCUGAAGGGGAGGGCAUGAAGCCCAAUCCUUUGAGCCGAGCAGUGUAGCCAGCCGCUGUGUACUCAGGGUUGUAGCAGCAACAUCAGGCUGGGUGAACCUGCCCUGGGCGGGGAGAUAACUGAAGCCCCCCGGGGGGCCAGAUGGAAGGUAUUCUUUCUCUACACCUUUCCUAUCAGUUCUAAACUCUGGGCGUACAUUCCCCUUCAUUAAACUGAUUGGAGUCAACCACCAGGUCUCCAAAGCCAUGGAAAUAUGUGGUCACAGGGCUGUGACCUGAAGCUGGCUGUGUCAGGGCGGGAGCCUUUAUCAGUAACAUCUAUGACUUCGGCCUAGGUUCCUCUUUUUUAAACUACUGAACUGCUGCCAGUCAGAUUACCCAUGAUUUUAAUGGAAUUUUUGGAUUUAAAAUGGUUGAUAAUCACUUUAAAUAUUUGCACAAUCUCUUUGUAAUUAAAACUCACUAAGCUUCACUUGCUACUAUUUUAUAGAAUUGGAGAUAUUCCAUUGGAUUCUAAAUAUCAGAUGCUCCUGGAUCUCAAAAUAGCCUUUUCUAAACAAGCACAAGCAAGAAUUUCUUUAUCCUGGCACUGUUAAUAAUUCUCUGAAAAUCAUAUAUAUGAUUGAACCAUAAUUGUUUCCUUUUGCUUGCAUUCCAAAAACAACUGAUAAGGAUAUAAAAAUGUAUAUUUACAACUUAAAUUCUAGGCCUAUCUGUUAUAUAUUAUAUAAAGGAAUUUCUCUGUAAACCUGAUACUAUAUUGCUCAUUUGUAUAAGCAUAUUUAUAGGCACUUUAGAAAAUGUUUAGACUGCGAUGUGUAUUAUAGACCUCAAACAGUCAUGUUAAAUAGUGUUUUGGUUAAUACUUAUACAUGAAAACUUUAUAGUGUGAGUUUGCUCACUGAGAGCAAAGAGUUGGGUUGUGUGGAUGGAGAAACUGCUUUUGGGGGUUUUGAUGUAAACCUGGCACACCAUUCCCACUACCUGAAAGUUGGUGUAAAGGCUGUUAGGUGGAAGAUGCAAAGUAAGUCCUGUAUGGAAUUUAGCUUUCUUAUCAAACCAAUAUUUAUUUUAGAAUUUUGAAGUUUCAAAUAUGCUCACAACUUUUAUGAGAAAAGACAAAACAAUUAAAAUGCUUUUGUGGUUAAAACUAUUUGGUACAUUAACAAAUAUGGCUUUACAGUCAAAUUAGGUAUUUUUUUACCUUGUAAUUUUUAAGAAUUGAAGAAUUUGAGGAAAACCCUGGCGAAAAAUCAGUUGUUUUCCUAGAAGAGGAAGACAUGUACUUCAAGGUAAUACAAAACCAAAACAAAUGAAACCACCUAAACCAGAACAAAACCAUGAAGUGGCUGUCCUGAAGUAGCUUUUGGAUUUGAUCUAGGAUUUGAUACUGUUUUAGGGCUGGUGGUUUUAUUUUUUAACCUCCACUUCCUGGCCUAUUUGAAACCAUUCUCUUGGGAUUAAUCAAAACAAACUCCUUUUAUACAAAUUUCUCUAUUUGGGUAACAGGACACCACCUAUUUUAGAAAGCUGUCAAAAUACCCAGAUAUGUUUGGCGCUAUAAAUACUGCCAGGCAAGGGGAAAAAAAGCACAAGUUAAACUAAUAUUUAUACGUCAGCUCUUGAUUUUUUUUCCAUCUUGACUGCAAAGUUGUAUUUGACAUGUUUUGGCUUUUUACAGGUGGGAAAUAUUUUAACGGUUUUCUGUCCUACUCCCAUCUCCAGACAGGAGGUGGGAGCCAGAGCUGAGGAGGCCAGUUGCAUUUUAGGCUUUUUGGUAAACAAUAUGUGCCUCUUGCCACUGGGGAGAAGGCAGAGGGAAAGAAGUAGGAGUUCUACUGGCUCUAUCGUUGCUGUGAAUUCCAGGGAUGUCAGUAUUUCUCACCUCAAAACAGAAGUAUAAGGGCACUUCUCAGAAUUAAUUUUGGAACUAUUUACCUUUUAAAAAUGUUAUGUCACUGCUCCCUUUCAUUACUCUGGGGCAUGGAGAGUUGACUGUACUGCGUGUGAAAGGGCCAUGCUUCUGUUAGUGCUUUGAGUUCUUUGGGUUCUGUUUAGACUGAAGCAGUGCUCUUAGUAUGAACAGGUUCUGAAAGCAAAUCAUCACUAGAGGCUUUAAUACUGAGCUUCCAUAUCAUUGUGUCCACAUUCACUUUUUAAGGCUGUUCAUACCUUGCAAUAUUCAGUUACUGUGCUAUGCUAGUUUUUGCACCUGUCUGCUUUAAAGUUUUAAGCACAAGGUUGACCCUUCUGUAAUUUCCUAAAAUUAUAUUGUUUUCCUACAGACAGCUCAACUUUCCUUUGUGUAGAAUACUUUAGGAAAAUACUUACUUGUAAAAUAAAUGUAAUUUUUUCUUUUGUACCAGCACAAAUCUGAUAUUUUGGAGUUUGGAAUAUUCUCUCCCCCUGCUUUCUCCCUUGGGGAGCUUCUGUCUGGUUUAAGUAACACAUUGUGAACUAAACAAAACCAAAACCAAAACCCGCUCUUGUGAAAUGUGAAACAUGUAUUGAGUGCUUACUUUGUGCCAGGAAAUACGCAGUUUACAUCAUUAUUACACUUAGACUUUACAAGAACUAUGAAGUGCAGGUGAGUAUUAUGACCCAUGUUGGUCAUACGGUCAACUGCUCACAACAACUCCCAGAACACUUUGUAACAAGAACUUUUUUGUUGUCUACAUCGUUUUAUACUAAUAAAACUUAGAUUCCCCUACAGUUUUUAGUUCAGCAAAGCCACAGCUUUGUAUUUGGUUUACACAGGCCAUGUGAGACAGUUCUAACCACAGGUCCUUGGGGGUGCAGUCGCUUCACCACCAAGGCACAGGGUCCAGACCUCAGCGUGGCAAAUCCAGAGGCUCGA